AUGAAAACCCUUUUUUCAGACGAAAUUGCAGGUCUCGAACGCGUCAAACGCUUACCCCUUUCGCGCCCGACAACCUCCGGCCGCCCGGCGGCUGCGCCACCCGUUCUGGUCACCAGCCACCGCGAAAACAGUCUGCCUGGCACGAUUCUCAGUCUUGAGGCAGGUUGGGCUGAGCUGAUGUCUCAUGUGGGCAGACUGCAUCUGCGACAGCUUCGAUGCCGACAGCAGGAAACGUCAGUGACGCUUGCCGCGGCCAGUUGCAAGGAAACACCACAGAAGGAAACAGAUGAUGGACCAGAUAAGACAAAUGACAAAGAGAAAGCACUCGAACCGGCAGAAACGGAAGAGAGAAAAGGAGAAAUGCAUCAUAACGACCAUCUACAUCUCCAGAGCAGCAUUCAGUAUCAGAAACAUUGCCGGCUUCCGGAUACUCUGCCCCAGAAACUGGAUGCCAAAGAUCAUUGUUUGUCUGCAAAUCCACGUCAUUGCCAUAACAAGGCUUUUACAAAAGAUAGCGACAGUAAUGCUGUUCACCAUUCGCAGGACGUUAAUCCGCCUCCUCCCCACGCACACCAUCAACAUCGUCAUCAUGUUCUUCCACACAAGUCUGAAAGUCGUCAACGUCAGCAUCGCCUGACUCAACACCCAUGCCCACCAGAAGGGCAGCUGACUGAGACCAGUAAGUCAUCACCUACCACCUAUUCAGAAUAG